CCACCUGUGAAGGUAAACCUGUAAGAGGCUCAGGGGUGUUCUCUGUCGGGACAAGGGUAUCAUCAAACAUAUGUGUUAUGGGGGUUAAAAACCAAGCAUUAUAAUCUUAAGAAUACCAACAUAAUUAUGUUUGAAAUUGGGUCAUUUCAAUGAUUUUCCUGCGAUCAGAGUAAUUUCCCCAGAUUAUCGUUUGGAUGUCCACUGUUACCAAAUCUCCCUUCGGUUCGCUGUGUAUGGUUCAUUCCGGAGUUUCGGCAGAAUACAUCGAUUGCUGAAUGAAGAUGGCGGAUUCACGAGCGAUGCUGUCAACUAGACUUGAAACUUAAGCAUUUGCAUAUUUUCUGUCAUUGUGCAUUUCGUGUGGAUAGCUGUCUUCCAAAGACGUACGUUGGCCCUCGUCUUGCGUCAGACUGCUGCACACGCUGAGGCCUGAGACUGACGGACAGACAGACGCAACACGCCUGAGGGACAGACACAAGGACAGCACCAGAGGAAGUCUCCACGGCAACAAGAGGUCAGAGACUGUCUCUCUGCCUGACCGACCCCGUCAGAUAAGACCGACACACCAGUUUUCAGGCGUGUUCCUCUCUGCCGCCUUCAAGAUGAACAGGUUGGGCCUCCACAGGGGGCAGUGUUGAAGGCUGAGCCCCAGCCUGCCGAACCCCCAGCCGAGACUGCUGAACCCAACACACACGCACAGAAGAUCUGCCACACACACAACCUGAGAGCAGGAGCUACACCCCCACGAUACAACCAGCAUCUCCUGAUAACGGCCGUGUUUACGUGUGUACAAGGGAGCUGUGUGGUGUUCAGUGACGGGGAAAGGAGAGAGGAGAGAAACUGCUGAUCCGCUGAGAGGAGGGGAGCGAGCGGAGGAGGAGGAGUGUGUGAGGAACGCAGAGGGAGAAACCCAAUCCUCUUAGGUAGCAGAGCUGAGGACGGGCGUGCCUGGGAGCCAGAGAGAGAGAGGUAGGAGAGUGCAGAGGUAGAGGGAGCCCAGAGACCAGCCCAGGCUGAGUCGGAGCAGCCAGACAGGCAGCGCGUUGUGCAUCCAAAGAGGUGGAAAGGCGAGCAGGGCCAAAGCCGGAAGGCGACUCAUGGGCAAUGGGGGCCAUGGUGACCUAGCGUAAAUGGCUAUCCCUCAGCACAGCUUGGUGCCAGUGUCUGCUGCUCAACCCUCCCCCUCUCUCUCCUCCUGUAUCCCUGCCCGCUGCUGUGCCCUGUUGCUGUUCGUCCCUGGCGCUGCCUUCUGCUCUGCGCCGGCACUGCCCCUGUCGUGCUGCGGCCAUGGUGGCCAGCCUAUGGAAGCUGGUGCGGGGCGUCAGGCAACUGGAGCUCCAUCGCCUCAUCUUGGCACUCAUCGUCUUCUGCCUUUUCUCCAUGGCUUUCCUGGCCUAUUACGUCAGCAACAGCCCCAAGAUCAAGGAGGCCCCCCCGCUGCCCUUCAGUGACUGUCGGAGGGUGCCGGGGUCUGUGGGAGGUGGGCAGCAGGCGCCACUCUUCCUGCCUCACUCGGGUCGGCUGCGCCAGGUGAAGGCCAUGGACAACUCUCGUACGGACCCAGUGGUGCUGGUGUUUGUAGAGAGCAUCUAUUCUCAGCUGGGGCAGGAGAUCGUAGCCAUCCUGGAGUCCAGCCACUUUAGCUACCGCACCGAGAUCGCCCCGGGGAAGGGAGACAUGCCCACGCUAACGGAGCGCAACCGCGGACGCUACGCCCUGGUCAUAUACGAGAAUUUACUGAAGUAUGUCAACCUGGACGCCUGGAACCGCGACCUGCUGGACAAGUACUGCAUGGAGUACAGUGUAGGCAUCAUCGGCUUCUUCAAGGCCAACGAGAACUCGCUGCUCAGCGCCCAGCUUAAGGGCUUCCCUCUCUUCCUGCACUCCCACCUGGGCCUGAGGGAUUACCGAAUCAACCACAACGCCCCACUGCUCUACAUCACCAGACCCAACGAGGUGGAGCAGGGCCCCCUGCCCGGGGACGACUGGACCGUGUUCCAAUCCAACCACUCCACCUACGAGCCUGUCCUCCUGGCCAGCACCAAGUCCUCUGACGCCCUGGCCCACCUGGGGCCGCUCAGUGCUAUGCACGCCACCGUGGUCCAGGACCUGGGGCUCCACGACGGCAUCCAGAGGGUCCUGUUUGGAAACAACCUGUCCUACUGGCUGCACAAGCUGGUGUUUGUGGACGCCAUCGCCUACCUGACGGGCAAGCGGCUCUGCCUCUCGCUGGAGCGCCACCUGCUGGUGGACGUGGACGAUAUCUUCGUGGGCAAGGAGGGCACCCGCAUGAAGGUGACCGACGUAGAGGCCUUGCUCAAUACUCAAAACAAGCUGCGAAUGCUGGUCCCUGAUUUCACCUUUAACCUCGGCUUCUCUGGAAAGUUCUACCACACAGGCACAGACGAGGAGGACCGGGGAGAUGACAUGCUGCUAAGACACAGGAAGGAGUUCUGGUGGUUCCCCCACAUGUGGAGUCACAUGCAGCCCCACCUGUUCCACAACGUCAGCGUGCUGGCUGAACAGAUGAGGCUCAACAUGCUGUUUGCCCAGGAGCAUGGGAUCCCUACAGACAUGGGCUAUGCUGUGGCCCCCCACCACUCGGGGGUCUACCCCGUCCACAGCCAGCUGUACGAGGCCUGGAAGUCAGUGUGGGACAUCAAGGUGACCAGCACAGAGGAGUACCCCCACCUCAGACCUGCCCGCUACCGCAGGGGCUUCAUCCACAGUGGCAUUCAGGUGUUACCCAGACAGACAUGUGGACUCUUCACUCACACUAUCUUCUAUAACGAGUACCCAGGAGGCUCCAAAGAGCUGGACAAGAGCAUCAGGGGAGGGGAGCUGUUCCUCACCGUCCUCCUCAACCCUAUCAGCAUCUUCAUGACCCACCUCUCUAACUAUGGGAAUGACCGCCUGGGCCUGUACACCUUUGAGUCCCUGGUGAAGUUUGUUCAGUGUUGGACCAACCUGCGGCUGCAGACCCUGCCCCCCACGCAGCUGGCUGACAAAUACUUCCAGAUCUUCCCUGAGGAGAGGGACCCCCUCUGGCAGAACCCAUGUCAGGACAAGAGGCAUAAAGACAUCUGGUCGAAGGAAAAGACCUGUGAUAGACUACCCAGGUUCUUGGUCGUAGGCCCACAGAAAACAGGCACCACAGCCCUGCACUCAUUCCUGAGCCUCCACCCUGCCAUCACCAGUAGCUUCUCCAGUCCUGUCACCUUUGAGGAGAUCCAAUUCUUUAGCGGGCCCAACUACGACAACGGCAUUGACUGGUACAUGGACUUCUUCCCCUUCCCAUCGAAUGUCAGUACAGACUUCAUGUUUGAGAAAAGUGCCAACUACUUUGACACGGAGGUAGCCCCCAAGAGAGCGGCGGCCCUGCUGUCCCGGGCCAAGAUCCUGGCUGUGCUCAUCAACCCAGUGGACCGCGCCUACUCCUGGUACCAGCACCAGCGGGCUCAUCAGGACCCAAUGGCCAUCAACCACACAUUCCAGGAGGUGGUGACAGCAGGGCCUGCCUCCCCCCGAGAGCUGAUCAUCCUGCAGAGACGCUGCCUUAAACCUGGGGCCUACGCCACCCACCUGGAGCGCUGGCUACACCACUACCAGCCCAGCCAGGUGCAUAUAGUGGACGGGUCCCAGCUGCGUUCCAACCCUGCCCUGGUCAUGGAGGGCAUUCAGAGGUUCCUGGGGGUCACACCCAUCUUCAACUACACCCAGGCUCUGACGUACGAUGAAAGUAAAGGGUUCUGGUGCCAGAGGGUGGACGGUGGACGACCCAAGUGUCUUGGCAAGAGUAAAGGCAGGAAAUACCCUGACAUGACUCCUGAGUCGCGUGCCUUCCUGACGGAGCAUUACCGGGAGCACAACAUGGAGCUGCUGAGGCUGCUGAACCGGCUGGGCCAGCCCCUGCCCGCCUGGCUGAGAGAGGAGCUGCAGAGCUCCAGCUGGAGCUGAGACUGGAACCACAGUCUGGAAUGGAGCACUGCCCCACCCGGCUUGGCCCGGGGGGAGAGGGCCCUGUUCACCCACACCCACACCAGUCACUACAGAGGGUGGAUGAGGUGAGAGGGCGGGAGGACAGCCCCCUAUCAGGACAAUGGACUCCGAAACGCCACUGUAACAACCAAACCUCAUGGGUGGAAUAAAGACCUCUAAUAAGGGAGUUAAUGAGUUGGACUGAAACACCUUGCAGUCGCACACAUCGUCUUCAUCCAGAAAGUAGAGGACUUGUCUAAGUCUGCAGACGGUUAGACUGACUGACGCCAGGGUCUGGUAGACUGAGAGGCGGUGGGGGGAGGUCUAAUGUCACCCCACUAUUUAACAGGAACUGACCUCACAGGAUAUCCUGUGGCCCUGUUGUGCAUGAAUGAGCUCGGCAACAUACGUGGUCACAAGAUCACACACACACACACACACACACUUCUCAUUUCUUCAGAAGAAUGAUUGUAAAACGUUGUACAUUUUAAAUCUGUUGUAUAUUUUGGGCGGGGGGGAAAUGUGACAGAAUAGACAUUGACUAAACGAGACAGCGUACUGUAGUGCUCUGGACAGAGGCUUGUGCCGUAGGAAGGAUGUGGGGUAUUAAUCACAUGCCACAGCUCCUCCAGACUCUCUCUGUGCAUUCCACUACCCCAGAGCUGAGGCCAUUGGAGUACAUUCUGACAAACAAACUGUCUACUAAAGGCCCCACAAGUCUACAGAGAAACCACACACUUUAACAUGCACUUUCCCUGACUCUCACAUAGGUACCCAGCCAGUUUAGAGCUGCGUAGAGAGAGGAGGAUGAGCUAGAGGGAGAUGGAAAAAGAGAGGGUCUAUGCCUCUCUGCCUGUGACUGUCCGUCUUAACAGGAGCUGCUGUCUUGUUUUGUUUUCUGUUUAUUUUGUAAAAACUACAAAACAAAGACCAACGCUGUAUCAUCUCUAAUAAACUCAGAGAGGUUGGAAUGGA